AUGGUGAAGCUGGAUAUACACACGCUGGCUCAUCACCUCAAGCAGGAACGACUGUAUGUAAACUCAGAAAAGCAACUUAUUCAGAGGCUCAAUGCAGAUGUAUUGAAGACAGCCGAAAAGCUGUACCGCACAGCAUGGAUUUCCAAGCAGCAAAGGAUUAACUUGGACAGGCUGAUCAUAACAAGUGCUGAAGCUUCUUCUGCUGAAUGUUGCCAGCAUGCUAAAAUCUUGGAGGACACGCAGUUUGUGGAUGGAUAUAAGCAGUUGGGAUUUCAGGAGGCUGCUUAUGGAGAAUUCCUAAACAGAUUGAGAGAGAACCCUAGGCUUAUUGCAUCCUGUUUGGUUGCCGGAGAGAAGCUCAACCAGGACAACACUCAGAGUGUCAUUCACACAGUCUUUACCUCCAUUUAUGGCAACUGCAUCAUGCAGGAGGAUGAGAGCUACCUCCUCCAGGUCCUCCGUUACUUGAUUGAAUUUGAACUCAAGGAAAGCGACAACCCUAGGCGGCUGUUGAGACGAGGCACCUGUGCAUUCAGCAUCUUAUUCAAACUUUUCUCUGAAGGACUCUUUUCUGCAAAACUUUUUCUUACUGCAACUUUACAUGAGCCAAUUAUGCAGCUUCUGGUUGAAGAUGAAGACCACCUGGAAACUGAUCCAAACAAGUUAAUUGAGAGAUUCUCCCCAGUACAACAGGAAAAGUUAUUUGGCGAGAAAGGCACAGAAAAGUUCAGGCAGAGAGUCCAGGAGAUGGUUGACUCCAAUGAGGCCAAGCUGGUGACCUUGGUGAACAAAUUCAUUGGCUAUCUCAAACAAAAUACUUACUGUUUUCCUCACAGUUUGAGAUGGAUUGUGUCACAAAUGUACAAAACGCUCUCCUGUGUAGACAGGCUGGAGGUUGGGGAGGUCAGAGCAAUGUGCACAGACCUUCUUCUAGCGUGUUUCAUCUGUCCGGCAAUUGUUAACCCAGAACAGUAUGGGAUAAUUUCUGAUGCUCCUAUAAAUGAGGUGGCAAGAUUUAAUCUGAUGCAGGUUGGGAGACUUCUGCAGCAGUUGGCAAUGACAGGUUCUGAAGAGGGAGAUCCACGUAUGAAGAGCAACCUUGCUAAAUUUGACAAAAGCUGUGUGGCUGCUUUCCUGGAUGUAGUCAUUGAUGGGCGUGCAGUUGAAACUCCUCCAAUGUCUUCUGUUAACCUUCUGGAGGGGCUGAGUAGAACAGUUGUUUACAUGACAUACAGCCAGCUAACUACUCUGGUUGGCUUUAUGCGGAAUGUAAUGUCAAGCGAUCAGCUGAAGGAAGAUCGGAUGGCUUUGGAAAACUUGCUGGCAAACUUACCCCAGAACAAACCAGGGAAAAGCAGCAGCCUUGAAAUGACUCCAUAUAAUACCCCACAACUUUCUCCUGCAACUACUCCAGCUAACAAAAAAAAUCGAUUACCAAUAGCAACUCGUAGCAGAAGUAGAUCAAAUAUGCUAAUGGAUCAGCAUGGAGAUCAUGAAGGAUCCUCCCAGGAGACUAUCCCAGAAGUUCAGCCAGAAGAAGUGCUGGUGAUUUCUUUGGGGACAGGUCCACAGAUUACUCCAGGAAUGAUGUCAGAAAAUGAGGUUUUAAAUAUGCAGCUUGCAGAUGGCGGACAAGGAGAUGUCCCCGUUGAUGAAAACAAACUCCAUGGUAAACCUGAUAAAACCUUGCGCUUUUCCCUCUGCAGUGAUAAUCUGGAAGGAAUAUCUGAAGGUCCUUCAAAUCGCUCCAACUCAGUGUCAUCUUUGGAUUUAGAAGGGGAGUCUGUGUCAGAGCUUGGCGCGGGCCCCUCUGGGAGCAAUGGCGUUGAAGCUCUGCAGCUGUUAGAGCACGAACAAGCCACAACUCAGGAUAAUCUUGAUGACAAGCUCCGUAAAUUUGAAAUCCGUGAUAUGAUGGGGUUGACUGAUGACAGAGAUAUAUCAGAAACUGUGAGUGAAACCUGGAGUACAGAUGUCUUGGGAAGUGACUUCGAUCCAAAUAUUGAUGAAGAUCGUUUGCAAGAAAUAGCAGGUGCAGCUGCAGAGAACAUGCUAGGCAGCUUGCUGUGUUUACCAGGUUCAGGAUCCGUGUUGCUUGAUCCCUGCACAGGUUCAACCAUAUCAGAAACCACAAGUGAGGCCUGGAGUGUGGAAGUAUUACCAAGUGAUUCAGAGGCCCCAGACUUAAAACAGGAGGAAAGACUACAAGAACUGGAAAGCUGUUCUGGGCUGGGUAGCACAUCUGAUGACACAGAUGUAAGGGAGGUCAGUUCUCGACCCAGUACACCAGGCCUCAGCGUUGUAUCAGGUAUUAGUGCAACAUCUGAAGAUAUUCCUAAUAAGAUUGAGGAUCUCAGGUCCGAAUGUAGCUCCGACUUUGGGGGAAAAGAUUCUGUGACAAGUCCUGACAUGGAUGAAACAGCACAUGGUAAGCAAGUUACUUACCUACCCCAAUAUUUUGUAAUACUAGAGCUUGAUGCAAACUUUUUUUUUUCCUGUAUUUCAGGAGCCAGUCAGUUGACAUCUCCUCCUUCUCAGACAGAUUCUUUGCUUGCACUGUUUGACCCUCUGUCAUCAAAUGAGAGUGUAUCAGCUGUAGUAAGGCCUAAAGUACACUAUGCAAGACCCUCUCAUCCACCACCGGAUCCACCAAUCUUGGAGGGAGCUAUGGGAGGUAACGAGGCCCGAUUACCAAAUUUUGGGUCUCAUGCUUUAAUUCCAACUGAUUUAGAAGCAUUCAAGCAGAGGCAUUCUUAUCCAGAGAGGCUAGUCCGCAGUAGGAGUUCAGAUAUAGUAUCAACAGUUCGGAGACCUAUGAGUGAUCCUGGCUGGAACAGACGUCCUGGUAAUGAGGAGAGGGAGCUUCCUAUGCCGACCACCAACACCGGAGCAGCUGUUCUGGUGGCUGCAUCUCAGUCAUCAUCUUCGUCUCCCAGUAAAGACUCCUCUAGGGGAGAGAUUGAAGAACGAAAAGACAGCGAUGAUGAGAAGUCCGACAGAAACAAGCCCUGGUGGAGGAAACGUUUUGUGUCUGCCAUGCCUAAAGCUCCUAUUCCAUUUAGAAAGAAGGAAAAACAAGAAAAAGACAAAGAUGACAUGGUGCCUGACAGAUACUCAACACUUCAAGAUGAUCCCAGCCCAAGGCUCAGUGCACAGGCGCAAGCUGCAGAGGACAUUCUGGACAAAUACAGGAAUGCAAUUAAGCGAACCAGUCCUAGUGAAGGAGCCAUAGUAAACUAUGAUGGUGCAGAGCCUAUUGGGGAUGGUGAGAGCAUGCAUGACUCUCCACGUGAUGAGGCUUUGCAAAACAUGUCUGCAGAUGAUCUCCCAGACUCUGCAAGUCAAGUAGCACAGCCACAAAGUUCUGCUUUCUCCUAUAGGGAUGCGAAGAAGAAAUUGAGACUGGCUCUUUGUUCAGCAGAUUCUGUUGCCUUCCCAAUGUUGACACAUUCAACAAGGAAUGGUCUACCAGAUCACACAGAUCCUGAAGAUAAUGAAAUUGUGUGCUUCUUGAAAGUUCAGCUAGCCGAAGCUAUUAACCUCCAAGACAAGAACUUGAUGGCCCAGCUGCAAGAGACAAUGCGAUGUGUAAGCCGCUUUGAUAACAGGACCUGUCGAAAGCUGCUGGCAUCUAUUGCGGAGGACUAUAGGAAAAGAGCUCCAUAUAUUGCUUAUUUAACUCGAUGUCGCCAAGGCCUGCAAACGACACAAGCGCACUUGGAAAGGCUGUUGCAAAGAGUUCUGCGAGAUAAAGAAGUGGCCAACAGAUACUUCACUACAGUAUGUGUGAGGUUACUGCUAGAGAGCAAAGAAAAGAAAAUAAGGGAGUUUAUUCAAGAUUUCCAGAAACUUACAGCAGCAGAUGAUAAAACAGCCCAAGUUGAAGAUUUUCUUCAGUUCUUAUACGGGGCUAUGGCUCAGGAUGCCAUAUGGCAGAACGCCAGUGAAGAACAGCUUCAGGAUGCACAAUUAGCUAUAGAACGCAGCGUGAUGAAUCGUAUUUUCAAACUUGCGUUCUACCCUAAUCAGGAUGGAGAUAUUUUGCGUGACCAGGUCCUUCAUGAGCACAUACAGCGGUUAUCUAAAGUAGUGACUGCAAACCACAAAGCACUUCAGAUACCUGAGGUAUAUCUCCGAGAGGCACCUUGGCCAUCUGCACAGUCUGAAAUCCGCACAAUAAGUGCUUAUAAAACACCCCGAGACAAAGUACAGUGUAUCCUGCGAAUGUGUUCAACCAUCAUGAACCUGCUUAGUCUGGCAAAUGAAGAUUCAGUACCUGGGGCAGAUGAUUUUGUUCCUGUUCUGGUCUUUGUCCUCAUAAAGGCAAAUCCACCUUGCUUGCUGUCCACUGUUCAGUACAUUAGUAGUUUCUAUGCCAACUGUUUGUCUGGAGAAGAAUCAUACUGGUGGAUGCAGUUCACAGCAGCAGUUGAAUUCAUUAAAACUAUUGAUGAUCGCAAAUAACUCAAACAGCACAUGUAUGGGCAGACUGUUAGCAGAAGAAGAGUAUAUAAGAAUGUACAACAGCUGCAAAAGCUGAAGAAGAGACUUUCCUUGUAUAAUACUGUACAGAAUUGAGGCAUUUUAAAACACACCUUUACUAAUCAAAUUAAUUUAACAGAUUUUCCUCUUCUCUUUUGGUUAUGUUUUUCUCCCCUAAGAUACUGGUACUGCAAAAGGGACCACAGUUUUCAGGUAUUUUGGAAUCUCAAAACAUGCAGAAAAUUCUUCAUGCUUUUUCCACCACCCCUCUUCCUGAACUCUUACUCACAUGAAUAAUUCACUUCAUUUAAUUUCUAAUAGAAAACCGAAACAAGAAGAAUCAGGGCAACCACUUACUAUUCUUUCUAGCUUAAUACACCUUUUAUUAAUAAAACACCAGCCACACUGAAGGUUUGUAGUAGCUGACAUUUAGUUAUCAGUUGUAUUUCACCUAAAUUUAAAAUCUGAGAGGACAGUGUAAAUAUUAUAUACCUAUAUUUAAUGCAUUGCAAUUAUCUUUGGACUCAUUAUCCUUUGAAUAAACAAGCAAAAGCCUCUCUGACCUCUAACAGGUUGUGAUAUACUGUGUUUUGGUAAUGAAAGGACUUCCUCGAAAGGCUAAGAUUAAAAAAGGGCAAACUGAACUAUUUAUUAAAAUGUAAUUAAGAUUACUGAAAUUUCUAAAACUGGAAUUUAUAAUAGACAGGGCUUAUUAGAUAGCUAAACACUUUUUGGCUAGGGCAUUAGGGUGUUAUAAAGGUUUGGAUAUAUAGAGGAGAGGGACUGUAAGUUACAAUAGAUAAGUAAUAUAAAAAAGGAGAAAUAAAAUACCUUACUGUAAUAUUUUUUUCUGAAAUAUUGUGUAUACUGUACAAACCCCAAACAGAGAUCCUUAACAGAACCUUGGACUGUAAUAUAUAUUUUGAUUAGUGACAUUAAAUACAUAUGCCAGGGGUUUCAGUGAAUGUUUUUACUAAAUGUUCUUCGUGUUGUCUGCUAUGCAGCAGUGCAAGUUUUACUGUUCAUAUAAAAUAUUUUAAAAUGUAACACUGUUCUUUAUGAAACAUAUCAUGACAUCAGUUCAGGGUGUUUUAUAGAUUUCUCACCCCACCUUUCCCUUAAACUGACAAUUAUCAAUUUAAAGAAGUUCUUAUGCACAAUACCACAUGGAUUUUUCAUGAGUGAAAUGGUCUGAGUGAUGGCCAGUGGUUGUUAUCUGUAUAUAAGCACUUGCUGUUCUUUUUUAGCUAGAAUUACAGUGGAAAAAGGACAGCAAGCAUUUAACUUUUUCAUGUCAGUAUUAUUUCUUGCUCUUCCCAGAGUGUUCAUUGCACUUCUGACAGAGGGAUGUGUUAAGACUUGGUGUCUGUGAGUGGUAAAGAAAACACAAUCUUUCUCGCAUUCUUUUCAAAAUAUGGUUGAUUUUGUGU